CGGAGGCGCCUUCGUCCAAUAAGGGCUGGAAGGAGCGCUGGUGCUAUGUCAGGGUUGCUGAGAACCCAUUUCCGGCGGAACUUCGGGAUCGCUUCCGUCGGCAUCCGAAGGUUGGAAGUGCCGCCCUCGAGAAAGAUGGCCUGGUGAUAGCCAAAAUCCCGGAGGGUCGCACGAAGCAGGUCUCUAUCAAAGACUACACUGCCGACAAGGGACUCUACGCCCUCGGCUUUCGGAGAUACCGCUUCAUUGGGGAAGCGGACGAGAAGUACCCCAUUUUUGCUGAGGCCUUCGGGGGAGCAGGAGGUAGUCUACGAGGGCCCUUGGUUUUCAUAUCUUAGCACAUAGUUUAUCUGUUCGUUUCUUUUUUUAUUCCUUGUGCCUUCGGUUAGUAACCCCUCGAUUUUAACCCCAUACUAUUUUUGCAGGUGUCCCAGUGAAAAUGAUGAACGUCAAAGGCCUUGCGGACCUGAAGAAGAAAAAACCUUCCAAGGGCCCGAGGGGGACGGACGCUGGUGUCCCGAAACCCGCCGGUGACUUUUUCAAGAAGCCGGAGGGGCCGUCGGUGGGCCCAAGUGCUGACGCGGCCACCGCCGCCAAAAGGAAGGGCACGGGCAGAGAUCCCGAGGGCAAGAAGCCCAAGACCGGGGAUGCCGGGAAGAAAGUCCCCCCGGUGAUCAUUGUUGAUGAAUGCCCUGCCUCCGGGGCGAAUGAGGAGAUGCAGGUGGCGAAAGUGUCGUCGGGUGUUCAGGGGCCAUCUUCCGAGGUCCUUAUGGUUUCCCUCCCGGCUGGUACGGCCGUGAUGAACGGCACGGCUGACCCGAGGGCGCUUCUGAGAGGCAUCACCCUCGAGAUCGACAGAGUAGCCCUCGGGGCUGAUGAAGAUGAAGCCCUCGAGGACAGGAUCCUCCGGUCUUCCCUCACGACCUGCAUUGCCCUCGGGUAGCAAGCCCGGCGGCUAGAGGAGUGGCGCCUUCGAAAGGCUGAGCAGGAGGCUAAGAUGCGGGAGCUCAUCCGCCAGAAUGCUGAUGCUGUCCGGCAGAUGGCUAUGCUGGAGGAGAGCCUUCGGCAGAUGACCCUGCGGGCGGAGGCCGCAGAUCGGGGCAGGGCAGAGGCUGAGAGGUCCGCAGCUGAGGCCUUGGAGAGAGCUGCCAGGGAGGCCGAGGCCGCGAAGAUGGAAGCCGUCGAGAGAGCCCGAGGGGACGCAAUCUCGGGGUUCUUGGCAGGGGGGUGGCGGGCCGAGGAGCACAAGCAAUGGCUGUCCUCGGUCGUCGAGUCCUCGGUUGACGAGUGGUGCGAUGGGCCUGGUGUGGAGUGGGUUUCCCGAAAGGGUAAACAAUACUAUGAUGGGGGCGAGUUUUUCACCCAAGCCCUCAUCUACCGGAGGAUGGCUCGCCACUUGAAGAUCGAGCCAAAGGACUUUGACCCGGCGGCAUACGGGCUCCCCCCCUGCAGCCAGACGUCCGCGUUCCUCUCCCCUCCGAUGUCGAGAGGCCGGAUCUAGAGGAUACAGAGCUCAUGAAAGAAGCCGAGGGUGACGAACCUGAGGCCGAUGCAGAGGUUACCUCGAAGCCAUCGGAGGAGGCGGCCCCCGGAAAUGAUCAGAUUUGUAAUUUGUAAUUUACACUCAGUAAUUUGAACAUACUUGUAAUGAUCACAUUCUCAUGUUUUCGGCCCCGGCCAUCUUUG